UGACACAGACCCCUCCCACAAUAGAGUUGAUGCUACCCUGGACACGAACCACUGCCUGCUCACGAUAAAGUGUAACGGCCAGUGUUCGACGAUGACCGUCCCGACAAUCCAGCCGGGCCAAGCGUCCCUGCCCAGCGCCUCACCAACACAUUCAUACUGGCACUCACAGCCGUCUCAGACACUCCUCGAUCACCGCACAACGAGCCAACUUCCGAGCUCGGCUGCUACUGUCAUUGUGGGCAGUGGUAUCACGGGCGCCUUCGUUGCCCGGGAGCUCAUUGAGAAUGGGGCCAGCGAUGUUGUCAUGCUAGAGGCAAGGCAAGCCUGCUGGGGCGCCACUGGUCGGAACGGGGGCCACUGCCAGCCUUUGCUCUACUUGACUAAACCGCACAUUGGCCGUUUCGAGCUCGGCACAUAUCAUUUCUUGCAAGACCUUGUCCGCAGCGAGGCGAUCGAUUGCUCGUGGGAAUCCAGUGGCGGUGUCCACGCCAUCUACUCCCCAGCUGUGCUCGAUCUCGCUCGCAAGGUGAUUGAGAGACUGCCCAGUGACCUGUCUUCCAGCGUCCACCUUAUCACCGACCCCGAGAAGUUGCAGACAUUGAAACUUCGGGGCAAUGCCAUCGCCGCCAUUGUUCAGGACCACGCAGCAAAAUGUUGGCCCUACAAGCUUGUCUCCCAUAUUCUCGAGGCCCUUGUACGGAAACCAUCCUUUAACUUGCAGACUACUACACCCGUGACGUAUAUCCAACGUUGCGACUCGUCGUACAUUGUGCAUACCGGCCGGGGCCAGAUCGCUGCAGAGAACGUGGUCCUGGCCACCAACGCCUACACAUCGCACCUCCUGCCAUCCUUCACAGGCUUCAUCACUCCAGUGCGUGGGCACGUCUCGGCUUUGGUGCCGCCCGACGGCCAGAGACUGGCGCAUACAUAUGUCUGGUCAAUACAGAAGGAGGGAGACGCCGGAGAAAGCGACGAUUACUUGGUGCAAAGACCCACCGGAGAGCUCAUCCUUGGGGGCGAGCGAAACGCUGUGACGGACGGGGGUGUCGGUGUCUCGUCGGACGACGAGAUUGACCCAAUCGUCGCCAAGCGGCUUCGGACCGUGCUUUCUUCGACCCUGAAGUUUGGUGAGCAUGACACAAGAGAGUUGGAAGCCAAGUAUGAGUGGUCAGGUAUCAUGGGAUAUUCCAAAGACGCAUCGCCCUGGGUCGGGCGCGUACCAGAAUCUCUGGGCGGGAGAGACGAUGGUAAGGGCAACCUGUGGGUAAGUGCUGGUUACACCGGUCACGGGAUGCCGGUUGCUGCGCGUUGCGGUAUUGCCGUAGCGGAGUGGAUACUCAGGAAGAGGAAGGACGUGGUAGAUGUUCCCAGUGAGUGGCUUAUCAGCCAGGACAGGCUCGACGAGCUCAAGGCUCUGGCGAUGCCGGACACCCUCGAGGACGAGCUUAGGAUGCUACUUGAGAGGGACAACAUGCGUUGAAAGGGCGAGUGUUAGGCUUUGCAUACUAGCCUUGAACUAGUAUUGGGACAUGAAUAUAUAUACAUUGACAAAGCA